AUGUCCGAUAACGAUGUUGCCAGUUCUCAAACUCAAGCCAAUGGUGGUAUGAGCCAGGCCGAUGUUGAUUUUCUGAUGUGUUGCCUUCGCAACACCACCGGUGGUUCUAUCCAGGGAAAACUUCUAAAGGUUGAUACUCAAAAAGUCGCCCAACUCUUGAAUUACAAGAACCCAAGAUCGGUUUCGAACAAGGUCUCUUCCAUCAAGAAGAAGUUCGAUCUUCCCUUCGGUGCCUCUUCACGCACUGCUGAUGAGGUGGCUGGUGGCAAGGCCGGCAAAGGCGAUGCCUCACCAAAGAAAGCAUCGGAUGCUAAUGGCACCAACGAGCCUGCUGUCCCAACCACACCUUCCAAGAACCGCGUUACCAAAGCUAAGGCAACUCCCAAGCCCCGUGCCAAGAAGACACCAGCAAAGAAAUCUGCCAAGAAAGUCGAGGAGUCUGAUGAGGAGCUCUCCGACGCCAAAGACGAGGAAAUAGAGGACGUCAAGGAGGAAAGCAAGGAAGAUGAUGAUGAGUAA